ACACUGUUUCCUCGAAGCGGUCGUUGUUUAUCUUCACGUGUUUUUGCGGUAAAGCUUUGUGUUUUUAAAUGACACCGGUCGGUAGUCAGACGCACAUAUUGACAUAAUGCAACAGAGCUGGUUGGAUGAUCUAGAUCCAGUAUGAUUCAGUUCAUUUAGACGGAUAGUUCAUCACACAGUUCGCUCGUAGUUAGCAGUCGUUUACUUGAGCAACAUACAGUUACAAAUAAAUAUAACGCUAUUCGGUUACAGAGGGACAGUUGAAAUCUGCUGCUGAUCAUGUCUUUGGCCGGAGCUCUGUGGUUUGCCGUGCAAGAUGAUUUAUUCAGUGCGUGUAACGACACAAUAACACCAACAUCCAGCAACAGCAUCGCAACACAAGACAAGCAUCCCGUCCAAAGCAGCAUCAGCACCGGUUUCAGUGAGCCCACCCCCGCCUCUGAAACACACACACUCCUGGACCGCCUUGACGACCGCUUUCUGUCCCAGUGUUUUCAUCUCAACCGGCAGUGUCUGCGCUUCAUCGUCGAUUUCAUCCAGGCCCGUUUAAAGAAAGACGUAUUUGCAGCAUCCCACAACCUGAGCUCGUCAGAAGCCAAAAUUCUCGCCACACUUUCGUUCUAUGCGCACGGAUCUCUGCCCUGCAAAGUGACCGAUCGGCUGGGGAUCGAUCAAACAUCCGCCGGUGAGGCGGUGAAGAGCCUCACCAAACUUCUAUCGGACAUGAGCCCUGACUUCAUCACCUUCCCUUUCAGUUACAAUGACCGCAUGGGAGCCGCGCAGGCCUUCAAGAACAUCAGCGGCAUCCCGCACGUGGUGGGCGUGUUGGGCUACCUGCACGUGAAGGUGACCCCUCCGCCCGGCGAGGAGUACAUGUAUGUGAACACUCUGGGCUAUCACUCGGUCAUGAUGCAGGUGAUCUUCGAUGUGGACGGGAAUCUGUUGAGUGUCGAGCAGUGCUGGCCGGGAGGAACUCCUGAAGACAGCGUUUGGGCGAGCUCAGACAUCGGCAAACAAUUUAGCACAUUUCGACACGGACAUACGUGGGUUUUAGGUGGUAGAGGUAUGUUUGGUGGUGGGCAUGUGUUGACUCCUGUUGAUACCUCUCGCCUUAAAACCAAUGCUGCACAGAGAUUUAACAAAGCGCACAUGCAGGUAUACAGCCGCAUGCAGCAGGUGUUUGGCAGUCUGAAGAGUCGUUUCCAGUGUCUGCGUGACUUCGGCUCCAUUCAUACUCUGGAGUCGGUGGCCUGCACCAUCACCGCCUGCUGCGUUCUGCACAACAUCUCCAAGAAGUUCUCUGUGCAGUUACCCUGGGAUUUCACUGUAGAGCCGAUGCACCCUCCGUCAGAGGUCAUCUACACAGCAGAGCCACCGUACAACUACAUGCAAGAAACUAAAGACGAGAUGAUAGGAAUGUUUUUUGCUAGUGCAGAAGAUGACUGAGAUGUGCAUGGAGAGACAGAGAAUAGCACAUGCAAAAUAAUUGGACUGACUUGUUCUGUCUUAACAGUUGAAUUGGAAACAUUUUACAAUAAGGUUGAAUAUGUUCGUGAAAGGGAUAGUUCACUCAAAUAUAAUUUUUUGGGUGAACUAUUCCUUUAAUGCAGUAGUUAACAUGAACUAAUAGUAAAUAAUACUUUUACUCCAUUUAUUAAUCUUGGUUAAUGUUAAUUUACUAAUGCAUUUGUAACAUUAAAAGUUGUAUGUUUGCGUUAGUUAAUGCAUUAUAAACUAACAUGAACUAACAGCACUACAUUUAUAAAUUAACAUAAAUCCAGAUGGAUCAGUAAUCAAUAAAUGCUGUAAAAUAUGAUAUGAUUAUCAAUGCAUUAACCAAUUUUAACAAAUGAAACCUUAUUGUGAAGUGAUCCCAUUGAAGUUAUAUUUAUAGAAAGGAACAAGAAACCAGAAUGUACAGUAUAUCAGCUUGGACAGUGGACUUUUUCAAAUGAAAUGAACACAUAAAAAUGCAUGCCAAUGCCAGUUAUUAUUCAUUACAUAAGCUUUUAUUCAGUGAAAUCACUAAUUGAUCAGAUGUUAAUACAAAGGCAUUAUCAUUUGUCAACAAAUGGUGCAAAUAAAACAAAAUGUUUAUCUAGUAAUCUAUGAAAGGCUUUGACCUGAACACACAUUAUUAUAUAACUCUUACAAAAAAAGUAUUGUAAUGGUUCCAUGGUAAAGUUAUGAUAUUUCCAUGGACGUUUUUUUAUUUUAUUCAAUAUCACUGUUUUUGUUUAAAAUGUCUAAAGGGACCAUGUAUGUUUUAGAUGUAGUGACUGGUCACCAUUUCCUUUAGAAAUCCAUUUUGUUUUCACUAGUUCAUUUGUAAUGGUCCUGCGAUGCGACUAGUGAAUUUGUGUCAUUGUUUUAUGAUAAAUAUGAUUCAGUUAUUUAUAAUUUUUUAUUAAUUAUUAUUAUUAAAGGAAUUGUUCACCCAAAAAUGAAAAUGUGCUGAUGAUUUACUCCAAGAUGUUAUUGAAAUUAUUUCAGGCCAACUCCUUUAAACAAUGCAAGAGAAGCUUCACAAACUGAAGCGAGUGAAUCAGUGGGUGCAGUGAAUUAGAAAUCGUGUGAUGAGGAGCGGAUCGCUGAAAGGAGGUGCAGAGCUUGAGGGAAGCGUGACAAUGACAAAGUUUUCACACAUACCUGAGUUCGCUGUAAAAACAACACCGGCACAGCUGAUGAAUUCAGAUAUCGACCCUUUGUUUCUUUCGAUGGUUUGUAAUCCUCAGGGGUAAAACCCUCCAAUAUUUGAGAGAAUGUAGGGGUGUACUGAUAUCCAGGUUCAGCACGAUAAGCCAGAGCUUCAAUCGCUCAUGAUCGUGUAUAGGCAAUCAAUGAAAGUAAAUAUUUUUCAUGCCGUGCAUUUUCUUUGGGGUUUCUGAAGGUUGAAGCAUACAUACACGCCAAACAACCAUUUUGAACAAAACACUUACACAAAUACAAAUCUACAGCAAAGACAAUUAAACUUUUGUACAGCGCUCCUCUUGUAAAUAAUGACGAGCUUCCUGACUCCUCCUCCACACGUGACUUUGCCAACGAUCUUACGUCAUCCCUCAUGAGCGCACAUCACAGAGAGGUACGGAAGCGAACAUUUGUAGUUAAAUAUAUAUAUAUAAGUAUUGUUUUGUUUCUAAAAAUAAUCAAUCCUUUGGGUUCAGAAGAACUUUAUUUGUCGAAUGGAGUCGUGUGGAUUAUUUUGGUGCACCCUAAAUAUGCAUCAUGAAAAUGAAAAACAUUCACUUGCAUUGUUUAUAGGAGGAGGCAUGAAAUAGAAUCCUCAAAAUCUUAAAAUCUCUUUUGAUGAAGAAAGAAACUGGAUGGCCUGAGUAAAUUAUCAGAAUGUUUUUGGGGGGGAACUACUCAUUUUAAAUAAAGAUGUGCCAUGUAGUCUCAAAUAUGAUGUCAUAAAUGCUGCAUACACGAUAUUCUGCAAAAUACCAUUGCAGAAUAUUACAUACUGUGCAUAUUUACACUGUAUGUAUACAGUAUAUUAUAUAUAAUAUUUAUAUAUUACUGUAAAAACAAAAUUCAGAUGGAGUAUAGCAUGUCAAACCGCAGGACCGCAUGUUAACUUCGCAAAAGUAUGUCAACUACUGUACAACAUGGUACUAAAUGAUUAGAUUCAUAUAUCAUGGUUAUUCCAAGGUAAGAAUAUCAUGGUAUUAACAUGGUUCAUGGCAAAAAAAAGCUGGUAACACCUUGGUACUUUUUUGAAUGUUGUACAUGUUUUUUUUCUAGUCCUUGUAGUUUUGAUCAACAUAAUUAUAAAUAUUGUAAUUCUGAAUUCAAGGAGCUGCAGGAUGUGUACUGUUUCCAGUAGAUGAAUUCAGAGUCAGAGAAAAGCAGAUGCUUUUGUAUAAAGUGACUUACAAUACAGUUCAUGAAAUCACAUUACUGGUGAAUACCUGGACAGAAGGCACACAACAUGUUCUCAUUAGGGAUGACUAUCGUAAGGAAAUGAAUGAUUUUGAUGCCACUUAAAGAUUCUGAUUCCUUAACGGUUCCAUUAAUGAUUCUUUUAGUUCCUUUUCGGAAGAAUUAUUUGGAAAGAAGGGUUGUAAUUGCUCUGACAGAUUCAUAAGUGUUCUGAUUUAAUAAAGAGCCAACACUAAAGAGUCUAUCAUUCUGG